UUCAAGAACAGUUGUUUCAUGCCUAUAAUACUGUUGAAGAUGAGGGGAGUGGUACCUUAGACAGUGGAACCCACCAAAAAUGUCAUUUUGAAAGUGCAAUCACAGAACAGAGAGGUAAAAAUAGAAGUUUUCACAAAUAAACCAAUUCAGUGGCGUGGCAAGGGUUGGUGUCACCUGGUGAGGUAAACUAAUGGUGUCACACCCCCACUCCCCCCGAUUUCCACGAUGGAUUUCCUCAAGUUAAAAUAACUCUAUAGUAUAAGAACGAAAAGAGCAAAAAGAAAUUAAUUAAAGGUUAGGAGGUGAAAAUAUUUAAGAACUGUAACAGCGAUAAGUAAUAUUUAUUUUCACAUAAAAUUUACUUAAUUACAAAUUUUCCUAAAUCAAUAUCCUUCACUGAAUCACUUUCAAUUGAUAGAAGAGCCAGAUCAGAAAUCCUUGACUGUCCCAUGGUGUAUCGUAAAUAGUUCUUGAUAAGCCUUAGUUUUGAAGAGCUCCGCUCACAUGAAGCCACAGACAAACAGAUCAUAAGAAACAAUGGAAGGCUUAGGGAGAGUACUGGAAGAGGUUCAAGGAAGUCCCAUUCAGCUAUGAAUUUCAAAACAUCAAACACUGAUCAGUCCAUUCAAUAUCAGUUGCCUUUAGGUGUCUUCUUAGCCUUAGUAUUUCUUUCAAAAAUUCAUCCUCUGAUAACUCAUCAUAGAAAGAGGUUAAUUUUGGAACGGAUACCAAUAACUCUUCUUCACUUGCUGAUUGUAGACUAUUGGGUUGAACACACCCCAAACAUAUAUGCUACUUCCUUGAUCGCUAAUGAUCUGAAGUUCAGAAUGAAAGCGAUUUAUACACUACUUCAGCAUUUCCCUUCUGUUUCUUCGUUUGUUCUCCCGCCAUUCUCUCCUUAAACCUUAAUAUUCCCUCAAACCAAAUUUCCAUAUAGAUUUGAUUUUAAAAGUGCCUUUUCAAUAGCAUGUUCCACCAAGUGACAGCGCUUCUCAUGCAGAAACAAUCUUAAGACCUCUAGGUUGGUCACCAAUUUGUCAAGAGUAAAGCCUUUGGUCUUCAGAUACUGCUGUGUAAGACUAACUUCCUCAAGUAAAUAAACGCGAUAUUACAGACAACAAUUAAUAGACAUUUUGCUGUAUGACAAUCGUGCUCAAAUGGUAAAUGACGAAUCGGUGAAAAUAUUAAUUUUUGAGUAUUUCUGUGUUUCGAUAUAUUUGGUUUCAAAACCCUUUUUAUUAAAAUUUAAAUAAAAUAUUAAAGAAUAUUCGAACAUUUUGUAAAGUAUUAUUUUGCUAACACUAUAAAUGGAUAAAAAAAAUCAUUUUUAAUGUUUUUAUUUUUACCGAUUCAAUUCAUUUACUUAGAAUCGCCCGACCGCAUCGUAUUUGGUAUCAAUGGAAAGCGAUAUUUUUCAGAAAAUUGAUAUAAAUAUAGCUUCCUGUCACUUAUGAAAGUAACCGAACACAGUUGGCGUUAAAUGAUGAUCAAAACGGUGUUGUUUUGACCUAAUUAUAGUGUCACCACAUUUCUGACACAUAAACCUUGAACUUUUAAUAAAUCACACAUUUGGAUUGGUUACAUGUGUGAAAAAUGUAAGUGUGAUCGGUUACCCUUUGAUGAAUUUAAUUUAACCAAGCAAUGUGUUCUCUGUUGAAUUUGGUGUCACCCCCGAAGUGGUGUCACCUGGUGUGGUCCGCGUCCCUCCGCGCACCCCCCUCGCUACGCCACUGAAACCAAAACAGUACCAUUAAAAGUAUUAAUGAAGACACUGUCAAUAAUUAUUUAUAACUGUAAUAGUAAUAAACAUGGAAGGUAAAAGUAACAGAUUGUAAUAUAAAAAUAAAUGUUGAUGAGGACAAAACGAUACUUUCAGAUAAUAAUGAUGACCUACCAUUUUUUGAAAUCUGUGUAUGGUGGCAAUCCAGUCAAUGUUCACAGUUUAAAAAUAAAUACUUGGUCCACUAUACCAUUUGUUUUAUGUGACGUACAUAGAACUAAUGUAGUUUAUAAAAAAUAACACAAGAGAGAAUCUAUAAAAUUUUAAAAUGAUAAAAAUGUAAAAGUUUAGCACAGAUAAAAAAAAGGUAUCAAAUUCUAAAAGAAAUGAUAAAAAUUUUGUAACACCGAAAAAAAAAUAACUUCACCAAAAAAGCAAUUAAGACUAGCCAGGUACAAAUACAGACGUCACAAUUGACACACAGGUGAAUCAGACAGUUACAAAUAGAGAUGUAAAAAUGUACCCACAUGUGACUUUGACAGCCAUAAAUGUGACAUUCCAUAAAAUAAGUUAGUUACAAAUAGAGAUGUGACAACUGACACACCAGAAAAUAAGACACUUACAAAUGCAUAACUUAAAAGUGACAAACCAUUAUUUCACCAUAUUAAAAUAUACAGUGCAUUUUGGAAUUACAGGGCAAUGUAAAAAUACAAGACAUUUGGGACCUCUAGGAAAAUAUGGAGAUACAGGAUUUGGAGAAAAUACAGGUCUUAGGAGAUCUACAGGAAUCUUUGAAAAUAGUGUAUUUACAGAAAAUUCUGCACAAUGUAGAGCCACAGAAUUUUCGAUCCCAGCUGAUCAAUCAGGCAUUUUUGGACAAGAGAGAAAUGAAGAACAGAGUGACAUCAUUUCACAAUGUAAAAGUACAGCACAGAUUGAAAAUCUGGCACCACCGGUCACUUUAGGAAGAUGUCAAAGUACCGGUCAAGGAAAAAUAGCAUGUCCGGGGGCAUUUACUGAAAAUACGGCACCACUGGGGGUUAAAGGAGAAUGCCAACGUACUGGGCAAGUAGGGGUAGCAAGUCUAGGGGCAUUGACCGAAGAUAUGGGAGAUUCGGGGCGGUCUGAAGAUACAGCACAAAG